AUGAUUUCAUCUAUCAAGAAAGUGCUACUUACUUUGGCCAUGUUGAUGUUGGUCCUCAAUGUUGCUUCUGCCUGGAGCAAUCCUGUACCUAGAAGGCGUGAGAUGCAAGAAUCAAUGUUCCGUCUGAUCACUUCCGUCGGCUACAGGACUGCACAAGAUUCCACCGAGUGGUGUGGAGAGGAACGUACCAAAGGUGGACGCCCCUACGAAUGGUCCAAAUACCGUGGUAUGAGUGUCUAUCUACUGGAUCUCUACCUUGCACUCCAGUUUGAUCCAGCCUGCAAUGACAAUAUAAAUGCUCUACGUACCAUGUUCAUUGAUACACCAACACUGCCAUCAUCAUACAACGCCAACUCAACGUGGUGGAAGACUGUCUUCUUUCCCAAGUCACUGGAUGCAUUCACCUGUGGCUUUACCGGUUCCAAACUAAGUGACUUUGAGUUUGUCUCUGAAGAUCUAUCUGCCAACUUUGACUCGGACUUCACAAAGCAAAAGUUGUGGUACCUGAUAGAGGACUACAUGCUGGGUCAGUACAAGCAACGGGAGAAUCCCAACCGACGAUUGGACUUUGAUGCCGGACUCUACAUCCCCUUCAUCGACCAUAUUACCGGUGGAAUCUAUACUACCCAGCACAUGCUACGUGUUGGUUUCCCAACGUUUAUGGGCAGAUCACUCUGGUUCCUGCUCCACUCACUGGCCUACCGUGUCCAGGAGAUACCAGCCAUUAGCCCAACCAGCAUGGAGGACAUCAACAAUCGUAUGACCAUCUUUAUCACCUACUUUGCCUACAACCAUCCAUGUCCAUUCUGUCGUGAACACUUCAUAUCGCACGUCUCUGUUAAUGACAGAUAUGCCAGGGACCUCGUUGAGAAUGAGGCCAUCAGAUUCUAUCCAAUCGAUCAUUUGUUGAUGUCCAUAGAUGGCACACUCUCUGGCAAGUUGUCAACCAUCGUGGCCACUGACAAGACCUCUGCCAGCAAGUUCUUCUGGAAGCUUCAUAAUGCUGUGACAUCAAGCGUUGAGCAAGGCUGCGUCUGCAUGACUCAGGAAGGCCUGGACGUAGCACCAUUCAAUUGUAUAUUCGACAGCACCAAGACACGCCAGAAGAGCUACCCAAUGUUCCAGAGGAUCUACCCGACUGCCAUGCGUUUCGAAUUCAUCCUUACCGACGACCACAACAAGACGAUGUUCUUUGACAGUCGCAAUGCAAUGAGAGAUAUCGAGUUGGCGAUCUCCAAGGUGGACUCGUUGGAGCUAAGAAAGGAGUUGUUCAGAUACUGGGCUCGCGACAUCCCUCUGACCACUGGUACCUUGAUGAAGGUUGCCAACCUGACGACUAUGAUCAAUGAGAUGAGCAACAUAUUCAUCAAGACACCAAUACUGAAGCAACAAUACAGUAUGGGCACACCAGUGAUUGGUGCUGAUCUAGAGGCAUUCCUUGGCACAAGCAACACGAGGAGUCAGAUACCAACACCAAUCGGAAUGAUAACAAAGCUUCCACAGGUCUGUAAAGCAGAGCACGAGAAGAACCUAUCAGCUUGUAUGAAGGCAUACGUACAU